CAUGCGCGCUGCGGAGGGCGGGCUGGUGCGGGCCGGGCCGGGCGGCCGCUCCCCUGGCUGGCAGUGCUCGCUAAGAUGGCGGACUUCCUGCCGUCCCGCUCCGUGCUGUCGGGCUGCUUCCCCGGCUGCCUCCUCACCAGCGGCGAGGCCGAGCAGCAGCGCAAGUCCAAGGAGAUCGACAAGUGCCUCAACCGCGAGAAGACCUACGUGAAGCGCCUCGUCAAGAUCCUGCUGCUGGGAGCGGGCGAGAGCGGCAAGUCCACUUUCCUCAAGCAGAUGCGGAUCAUCCACGGGCAGGACUGGGACAGGGCGGCCCGGGAGGAGUUCCGUGCCACCAUCUACAGCAACGUGAUCAAGGGUGUGAGAGUCCUCGUAGAUGCCAGAGAGAAACUUCAUAUCCCUUGGGGAGAUCCUGCUAACCAGAGCAAUGGAGAUACGAUGAUGGCUUUUGAUACCCGGUCGGUCACGGUGGUGCAAGGGAUGGUGGAGACGGCAGUUUUUUUACAGUACCUCCCGGCCAUAAGAGCUCUCUGGGCAGACAGCGGUAUCCAGCACGCGUACGACAGGCGCAGAGAAUUCCAGCUGGGGGAAUCUGUAAAAUACUUCUUGGACAACUUGGAUAAACUUGGAGAACAAGAUUAUCUCCCCUCACAGCAAGACAUACUGCUGGCACGAAGACCCACAAAAGGGAUUCACGAGUACGACUUUGAAAUAAAAAAUGUUCCUUUCAAAAUGGUUGAUGUAGGUGGCCAAAGGUCAGAACGGAAACGGUGGUUUGAAUGCUUUGACAGCGUCACAUCGAUACUCUUCCUUGUUUCCUCAAGUGAGUUUGACCAAGUGCUUAUGGAGGAUCGGCAAACGAAUCGCCUUACGGAGUCCCUGAACAUUUUUGAAACAAUAGUCAAUAACCGGGUUUUCAGCAACGUCUCCAUCAUUCUCUUCUUAAAUAAGACGGACUUGCUUGAGGAAAAAGUACAAAAAGUGAGCAUCAAAGACUAUUUUCCAGAAUUCGAAGGGGAUCCCCACUGCUUAACAGAUGUCCAAAAAUUCCUGGUGGAUUGUUUUCGUACCAAACGCCGGGACCAGCAGCAGAAGCCCCUCUACCACCACUUCACCACUGCUAUUAACACAGAAAACAUCCGGCUAGUUUUCCGUGAUGUCAAGGAUACCAUCCUUCAUGACAACCUCAAGCAGCUUAUGCUACAGUGAUGUGCAAAAAGACAUUUUUAUUUGAGUAACUAUUGUGUGUUGUUUUUAACUAGGAGUUUACAGCAGGAAUAGAGAAAUUCAGAUCCUGUCAGACUUCUUGAUAUGUGGCUAAAAGCUGCUGCUGAACACAUUAUUGCCAAUUUCUGCAGUAAUUCAGGCUUAAUCUCUACCAGUGUAGCUUCAAGUUGACUCAAGUUGUAAUUUUAUAGCAGACCUAUGUCUAAGUUACCUGUAAAGUGAUGAAAUUUGACCUUUUGAGAAGAACAUGUAUAUUAUCCUAGAAAAUUCAUUCCACCUUCAGAAUUCCAAGCCCAAACUUGAGUGAAAUCGUUGCAAUUGUUAAGCUUUGGCAGUAAUUUUUGGGGGGGAGAAAACUUUUCACAUCUGACUUCAUAAUGAAGACUGUGAUACCGCAGCUGACUUACGAUUUCUCAGGUCUGUUGUUGGCUAGAAAACCCAUGAAUCCCUUGCUGGAAUCGUGUAUCUGAAGCUAGGAUUCCUCGGUGUAACGUACUUCCUAUUUAAGUAUAAAUCUUUGCAUGGGGUUUGACUAGGAUAUGCUUCAAAAAUACUUAGGUUGGGAACUAAGACAUCUGUCAGGAAGUACCAGAGCAGGCAGCAGUCCAGGGACAAGGGAUCAGCGAAUGGCACAGCACACUGCUUCACUCCUUUGCAUCGUAAGUACUCGACGUCUUAGAGCCGUGGCGAAGCACAGAGCACUAUGAGGUGGUCCUCUUGAAAUUCGGAUGUGGGAAGGGGGAGCAAGCUAAACUCAUAUUUCUUAUCUUCACGAGCCAGAUGUUACAUGUAGGUACCUUACCUUUCUUGAAGCGCUUUAAUUUAUCACUGGAUUAUCUUAGUGUGCCUCCUCUUAUCAGGAAGCAUUUGGUGAUGGAUAGAAGUACUUGCAGACCUAAGUGCCUCCUUGUGUUCUGUCCUCCUACAGCAUUUUCAGUGGCCUUAUGAGCAUGUGUGUUCCCAGCAGAGGCCUUGUGUAGCUGACACCGUGAAGAUGAAUGUUUUUUUAAAGGGAAAAAAAAAAACAACAUAUCACAGCAGAAUGUGCUUCAGCUGAUGAGGUUCUUUCGGAGACUUCCCAACUGGGUCUACCAGUCCUAAGUGUACUUGAGCCAAAUACGUUGCACAGCGUACUCCAGAGUGCUGGCUGUGACUAAUAAUACUUUACCAAAAGUUCCAUUGCAUAUUUUUUUUUUUUUUUACUUUUGCCAUGUGAUUACAAAAUAAUAAGAAAAUGCUUCUUGCCCAGAAAUCCUCAUACACUGUGCAGCAUGCAACUGAGUGAGCUUGCCAAGGUGCCAACACGUGUUUUUAAAAAGUAGUGCCGCUACCAAGUCUCCCCCGGGCUGUAGUUUUAGUCUGUUCAGCUUGCCACUUUGCCCCAUGGAACCGGCGAAUUCCUGUGGAUUGUGAUGCUGGCCAAUGUUUUCUUCAAGGAGUUUUUAUUAACACACCACGUGGGUGGCGAGAGGAGUGACAUGAUACUCUGACUGCUUGGAGCAGCGUCCCUGCAGGUGUGAUCAUGUUAGGACAUAGGAAAACUGCCCGUCUUCUGAACUUAGCCUUUACUUACUGUGACUGUAAGUUGUGUUAACAUCUCUGGACCUCGUUCUCCUGCCCGUAAGAGGAGAAUUGUGUGUUUUUAUUUAGUCAAGUGCUUUGAAAGACCUCUAUUUUUUUAUAUCAUCCAAGGAGUAGUCAUAGAUUAGUCUGCAGUGUCUGCGAUGAGGCACUAUUUUCAGAGGAAAGAGUUCUGAAAGGAGCUUUGGAGAAGUCAGUGCAUAAUCCUCUCAAGGAAGUCAGUGCAGCACUGAUGUCAAGAGGAUUAAUACAAUCUUUAGAUGGGGAUAUUUAAUGGAGAUUUUGCCUCCUUAGUAGGCAUGAAUAUGAUUACUUUUGGUUUUGUCUUCAGUUCAUAUGAGCAAUUCAAGAAGGGUGAACUAAAGACCUUUAAAUACCCUCAGUAGCCCUUUUGAAGGAUUGGGCAACGUGCACAUAACGAGGGUCCAAAAGUUCUCCGUUUUCCUCACGGGGGAAGGAUUACAGGUUGAUCUGGCUGAGCUGUAAGUGCUAUGUGAGCAGGCAACAAACCUCUGUCUAGUAGCCUCCAAGCAUGUAACAAAGUCCAUUGUUUGCAGGCAGAAGUUGAACAAACCCACACCCUUGGAGUGAGGGCAAUGAACCAUUGGAACAAAUCAACAGGAGGAGUAAGAGACUUUUUUUUUCCAUUGCUGACAGUUGUUUGAACAAGUUUCUUUUGAAAAGACUUAAGUCUGCUCUAAUUAAAAUCAUUAAUUUGGAGAGGGUCUGCAGUACGUGUGUUGCAAGAUGUCAGACUAGAUGAUUAACAAAAAGACUAAAGGCUGGAUAUUGGAUGAUGAUGAAUAUUAGCAGGAAUCUGUCUAAAAUUUGUUUAUGUGAAGUGUUGAUGAAUUUUUGUCUAGGGACCUGUUAAUUUACUUAAAUCCUCAAAACUGAUGUCAGUCUAAGGACGUAGUCAGUAUCACCAAGGCACUGGACACUUCUGAUAUUAGCUAAAGUAGGAAAAAUACUCACAAGGCUUCUCCCUGAACCAACACCAAAAAAAUAAACCCAACCCCACCCUGUUUUUAAUCCUUUCAGAUCAUUUUCCCUGUGAACACCGGGGCCGACGAGAUAGCGAGGUGGACCCCACAGUGUCAGGUCACUUCUAACCAAGUCGGCCCUGGGAGAUAAGCACUAUAUGAAUCUCAGGCAGAAAUGAAUUAUUUUAAUGAAAUUACUGAAUCAAAUCACUUGCCUUUCCCACUCCCACUUCUUUCAAGGGAGUGAGGCAACUAACCUUGAUGUAACUGUUUACAUGGUUCCUAUGUGAACGUGCUGGGUAAACAAAGUGAAUCAACAUC